AUGGCGAGCUCUUCCAUGGCGUGGGUCCAUGAAGGAGCAGUGGAGGGGGCUGGCCGCUCGCGUCUCCAGGCUAGGUGUCGGGUGCAUUCAGGUUUCCCCGCCCCGCCCGCCGCCGCCGUUCCCGGCCAACGCCGGCGCCAUUCUUCGCCGCCGCCGUCCCUGUCUCCUCCCGCGCUCCAUUCAUGUCCUCCUCCAGCUCGGGCCGUCCCCGUCCUCCUCAAGGUCGCCGCCGUCCUAGGAGGUCGACGCCAAGCUCGACCCGUCCCCGUCCCUGUCCCUGUAGGUCGGGGCGCCGGCGUCCUUGUCCUCGUCCAGCUCGUGCCGCCCUCGUCCUCCUUCGAUGGCUCCGACGGCGUGGCCCCCGGGGCGACCGACUUCGAGCUGAUGCUGCGCGCCUUUGGUGACCGCGGCCAGUUCGACGCCGUCGACGAGGCGUUCGACGAAAUGCUCCUGCGUGGGCUUGUGCCGGGCAUGGCCGUGUACAACGUGUACGUCGCCGCGCUGUGGAAGAUGCCCGCCGGACUUUUUGCCGAGUCGCUCCGUGCUCAAAAUCACCCAAGCUGCAUCCCCUUGGAGCUCCUUUCAGAGGGGGAAAGCUUCGAAUUUCAGUAUAUUGAAAUGGAAAUAGAGCUCGACUCCCCGAGCCGUCCCGCCGCCGCCCCUGCUCCCAUGCCGCGCUCCGGCGAAAUCGCGGCCACCGACGAGACCGCGCCUCUCCCUCCGCCACCGUCGCGGCACGGUCCCGCGUCGCCUUCCCCGGCCGUCCCCUCUCCGGAGGGCGUGCUCCCCCUUUCCCCUCUCUGUGAUGGCCCCGCCCGGCGCCGCCGCUCCAAGCUUACCCGCUCCGCUGCCGUUGUCGACCAGGGCGCGGGGCCUGUCGGCUCUCCGCGAAAGAAGCGCCGCGGGUCGGGGGAGCCGCGCGCAGCGGCGUCGCCCGUGAAGAACGUCAGGCGGGCGCGGCGUCGGCUGGAGUGUGACGGCGGGAGGGAGGAGGCGGCAGCGGAGGAGGAAGCCGUGGGUAAGGCUCGGGCAAGGAAGAGCGCGGCCGCCAAGGGAGUCGCGAAGGAGAAGAAGGGCUCGGGCUUGGCUUUGGUGCCUUGUCCCACCGCCAGUCGCACCCGAGGUAAACCGAGUAGUAAUGCAGAGCAGUCUGACUGGGAAGGUCUUUGGGAAAGGGUCAUCGAAUUGGUGAUGUGGAAGAAUGUUGGGAGAUCAGCAUUUUGGUUUGGCUCAGGAUCUAUGAUUUUCUGCUCUUCUUCCUUCUCAACAGACAUCGAAUUCAGUCCAAUCAAGAUACUUUGCAACUUUGGUGUUGUUACGUUGGGCUUAGCCUUCUUCAAAGAUUCCAUUACUCAGAGGCAGAACACUGAACCCGUAAGGAAAUUCCAGUUGACUGAGGAGGAUGUGCUCCGGGUUGCCCAGGCUGUCUUGCCAAUUGCUAACUCCCUCGUAUCCAUGGCCCGAGUGAUCUUCUCUGGUGAUCCGUCCAUGACACUGAAAGUGUUACCUAUUCUUCUGUUUGGUGCUAAGUAUGGUCAUCUGUUAACGUUAUGGAGGCUUCUUGCAAUAGGAUUUUUUGGUUCUUUUACACUACCAAGACUGUAUAGCUGCUACUCGAGUCAUAUUCGUGAAAAGGUUGAGGGUUUGAAUGCGCGAAUUUUGAAUGCAUGGAAAUCCUGUCCCCGCAAGAAACUCGUUGCAGCAGCUGCAGCUAUAACCUUCUGGAACGUGGUCAGUGUGAAGACACGUGUAAUGGCUGCCUUCAUUUCUGUAGCGACACUGCGCUACUACUAUCAGUAUGGAGGAACCAGUAAGAAUUCAGAGAAGGGGAUAACAGGCCAACGGGAGCGGCAACAAGCAAUGUUGAUGGAAGACUGACAAGCUGCCUCAUGUGCAGCCCAAUGGACAGGUGCUGAGUGUUGAUAUGUAACGAAUCCUUGCGAGCGCUUCAGCAGCAAAGAAGCUAUUAUCUGGGUGGUAGGCGCGAUGCAAUGGCUUGCUGCGCGAUG